CGUCGCUGCCGCUGCUCAUCUCCGCGAGCAUCGAGACCUAACAUCUCUUUAAGUUACCAUUUCCUUUCGGGCCUUCGGAGAACACUCGAGGACCUUCGAAAAUCCUUCGGAAUCCUUCGGGGCUAUCACGCAACGCAACUCGGGGUAGCUAUUAGCGGUGAACUAUGGGAAUACCAUUAUGGGAGAGUCCGCCAUCGCGGUCAGCCGACAAGUCUUCCGCGUCUGCGCGCUGCAACAGGCUGCCGACCGGAACCUGGUUCGACCCGAUCGAUCCCGCGGCGGGCGCAGAAACACCGACACCGGCGGCACAGUCCGGAAGGAGGAUCGUUAUCGACCUCACGGGCGACGAAGAGGCUUCGGGUCCUGCGCCGCCUGCGACGACGGCUAGUGCAAGGAGGAGGGAUGGCAGGGAUGGCAGGGACGGCAGGGACGGCAGGGACGGCAGGGACGGCGCGGGAAGCAUGUUGACCCUCGAUGAGUUCCUAAGGGAGACGAGUCAGGCGUCUGCCGCGAGCAACGAGGCGGAACGACAUCUGCAGCUGCUGCUGGUGCACCGGCGCAGUGAGCGCGAGCGGGAGCGUGAUCGUCGCGGUGAUCGCGAUAGAGACCGUGAUCGUGAGCGGGAUCUGGUGCCCAUGACGGAGGCGCAGUGGAGGAGGUCGUUGUUUGAUCAUACGCCGGUGGGGAGGCUGCGGUUCGGCAUUGUCCCUGGCUCCGGUGGGGCAGCGGCUGCGACUACGGCUACUACUACGGCGAGCUAUACGCCCUUGCCGCCCGCGCCGGGGAUGCUGCCACCUGCGGCGACUGCGGGAACCGGAGCGCCGACACCCCGCCCCGCCGCGGGAAUUACUACUACUACUUCCUCGACGGCUACUGAACGUACCGCUGCUGCUGCUGCUGCUGGACUCGACUCCUUCGACACGCUGGUCAACCAGAUCCGCCGCAUCGGCGCGCUGCAGGAUGUAAUGCUGAACAAUGUCGAUAAUACCACCUCGACGCUGGAAGAUGCCGUGUCCGAGGUUGCUCUUCGCGAGGCGAUGACGCACGAGCCGGAGCCGGAGCCUUCAACGGGACCGAACCGCCGGGACCGGAAUCGCGCCGUCGACAGUCUGCGUAUUCGCGAGGCGAGACUCCGCGCCAUGCAAACGCGGAUCGACCUGCUGGCUAGCGAGUUUGCGCUGCUGAGGAGCACCAGGCGGGAACUGCGCAGGGUCGAACAACAGGCCCUGGAGAUUGACGAUGCUCGGCGCGAAGUCCGCGGCGCGUUCGGGCUGGCCGAAGACGAGUCCGGACCGCUGGCCAGACUCGGCUCCGUGGGCCCGUCGGAGCGCAGGGUCGUCCGCCGCGCGCUGCUGCAGCAGCAGGCUGAAUUCAUCCCUGGCAGUGGACCUGGCUCGCUUGCGGCGCUCGCUACGGCCGCGGUCGUUGCGCGCCUGCGGGGCGCUUUCGAUAUCGAUCCUACGACUACGACUGCGACUACUACUGCCGCCAAUGCCAAUGCGAAUGCGCAGGAGCAUGGCUCCGGCUCGGAGCAGUCCGAUUCUACUACUACCCUCACCCCUCCCAUCGAGUCGAUCGAUAGGAGGAGCCCGCUGAUGACGCAGGAACAGAGAGAUCUGCUGCUCAGGAAUGAUGUGAUGCAGAUGCAGAUCGAAAGGCUCCAGAACGGAUUGUGAGGACUCGUACUCGUACCUACUGCAGACAUCGGGGAGUAGGGCUAUUGGGUGUUGGGUUAGAGCAGACAUGGCAUACCCGAGCGAGCGCAAUUACAGUCUUUUGUCUUGUCUUUCGUCCUUUUGUCUUUUGUCUUUUGUCAUUCGUCCUUUUUUCUUUCAUCUGAAGCCUGGUCUGGUGUCUACUUACUCUACUAUUCUCUUGACUUGGGGAAUGUAUCUACCUACCCGUCGUCGUCGUUUUUUGUUUUUGUUUUGCUUGUGGUCUGUCGGUCUGUCUGUCUGUUUGCGUGUAGGAACUCACUCUGCGGGGGGGACGGCGUUUUUGCGUGUGCGGCAUAGCGGAAG